AGUUACGCGAGCUCCUUCACCACGACAAGGCAGUAAUCCAUGAAGGAGCUAUAGAUUUAUAUGAGUGUUCUAAAAGAAAUUUGAUUAAUCUAAAUUUUACAAAGGAUACUCUACAUAAAUAAAAAUUAAAUUUUUACUAUGUAAAGUUUUCUGAUCUAAUUAGGUUCUAAAAAGGUAUUAAUAUGCAGAGCUAAUUGCAAAGACAUGAUUUUUAAAAUUUUAACUCUGUUCUAUAAAAUUGUAAUAAUUUCAGCAUUGACUGAAUUUUCAUUGUAAGUUGUAAACUUAAUUCUAAAUUCAUUCUAAAAAUGUUUGGGUAAUAAAGUGUGGAUGUCUAUAAGUUUAAUGCUGACCAAAAUGCUUUAUAGCUAGCAUUCUGUUUCCAGCAUUCUUUAAUGAAAAGGGAAAUGAUCUGAAAAGAAUCCAGAAUAUGCUUUGGAAAAUUUAUGAAAAAAAUAUGAAGGUGGUGUCCAUUUGCUAUUGCUUUUUCUCCUCUGGAUACCUAGCAGUACACUUGAUAAUUCAGUUGCUGAAUGAUGGUGCAUAUAUUCAUGAAUAUGGGCAUAUAGGGUCCCUAUGGGACACUAAGUUCCCUUAGUUCUACCAAGUUCCCCAAAUGAUAAGAUCUUUAUGAUAUAACACUAGAUUAGAAAAGCCAAUGUGUUGAAAUUGAACUGGCCCAACAAAUAUGAGACCUCUCUGCUCAAUCUUGUCCUCCAUUUUUUUUUUGUUCUGCAUAAUUGUUCUCCUGCAUAGGAUCUACUGAAGUAGCUAUCAUCUCAUAUUAUUGUAGUGAAUUUCGUAAAUGAUUUAUGCAGCUUUUCCUUUCCAAUGGAAAUUCUGACAUCCAAAGAGGAAAAGACAUUUCUACUUCUAAUAACCAUAUUCAGUUUCUUAGCUAAGUUGAGCAUGUAAUGUUCAUACAGAACAUUUGAAAAUACAAUAAUCCUUAAGCCCUAUGAAAAAUUUCAUCUCAGUUUUCUUAAUAGUACUUCACUUAAAGCAAUGAGGUAAUAUUUUUAAAGCUUAAAACCUAUUCUUAAUAUAGGGAGACCAUUACCAGUUUUACAGUUCUAUUUUUAUUUAAAUUAAAUCUUAAUUGAGCAGAAUUCCAUAUCACCUCUGCAAGGAACAGAGAAGUUCUUUCAUUGUGUUCCUAAAGCAGCUUUUUCAGUCUAGCUAUGCAACCUAGAUAUAGCUGCCAAUAAACAUACAGUAUAAAAAUAUAUCUUUAUAUACAAUAUAAAAAUAUAUCUUUAAUUCCAAUAUACCUAGAAAGAAUUUCUGAUAUCAGUUGUUUGGGGGCAUGUCCAUACUGUUCCUAGCCUGUUCAGCUUUAUUCUAGAUCAGCUGAUGAAUAUCCUGGAGAAGCUGAGAUCCUUUGACAUGCAAGGUGUUUAUCUGGAUUGCAGGCUACAAUUGGACAAUUGCUAUGCUGCUGAGGACUCCUAAUUGUUUGUACCAGAAAAGCAAUUGCCAAUCAUUUUCCAUACUUAGAAUGCUAAACUGAAUAUAUAUAUACCUCCACUCCUUUUUAGUGACUGCAUUUUGUUCCAACCACCAUGUCCUUAAUCAAAAUGGAUGCUAAGUGAACAUGUGACAGAGAGAGGGAGAGAGAGACUCCAGCAUGUAUUGUUUAGAUACACAAAAUUUAGUUGCAAAUGUACACGGUGUUGAAAAAUGAAUUUUGUUAUAUCAUUUAUUACCUCAUCAUAUUUGUGAUCACAGUCACAUGAAUGAGACAGUUUUUUAAUGAGAAGUGGCUGCAUAUAUACAGUGUGCAUAUGCAUACAUGCACACAAGCUCACACGUAUGUACAGAUAGAAUAAUCAACACUGAAAUAAAAAAAAUAUAUUGUCACAUUGUAGAUCUCUAACUCCAGUAGUUUCAGAACUAUUACUAGUAAUAAUGCAAGAGACACAACUUGUAUGAGAUAUAGAUGGUUGCUGGUUCAUAACAGAAAUGUUUUUUUCCUGAGUGAUUUUUCCAGUGGAUUUUAUUUUUGUUUUUAAUAAAUGUACCAGUGCACAGUUUCAUCAUCUUUCAGCUAUAACUCCAGAAUGCAUCCAAGGCAACAAACGUUUACCCACUUGAUAGGAUGAUCCUGUCUCUGCAAGGCAGUUAAUCGAAAUUAAGUGUUGGCCUAGAAUAAAUUAAAGCACAAUGAGCAAACCAGACAGCAAUGUUUGAGUUGAAAGAUGCAGGCAAUAAGGCUUUGAAAGGGGAGCAAGAAGACAUACCUAGAGGUUGCAUUGGGAGGGGGAAGGAAUAUAAAACAAUGUCCUUGAUUUUUGCCCUCAACAUGGUUGCUGGCCAUGGUCAUCGGGCAAGGUGGCAGUAUAAUAAGCCCCUACUAUGUUGCUUUUUGCGCUUGAGUUAACUUCAGCCCAUAACUUCAGUUGUGUGACUUUGUCUUUAGCACACAAAAAAUUACACCCAAUGUAAUCUGAAUUAGUAGCAUUGUCCCAUGAAUCUCUUACAUCACAUUCAUAAUGGAGGAUGCACAAGCCAUUCUAACCAAUACAAUCUCAUAGUCACAUCACAGAUACAGAAAAUAUAAAAACUGGUAUGGAAAACAUAUACUAAAUGCCUCAGUAUCAUACUAUUGUGCAUGAACGUAAUCUUUUCAAAACUGCAUCCCUAGCAUCAAUGUCACCUGAUCAUGUAUUGCAUGUAUAACUAUAACAGUUUUAUAUUCCCCCUAUUUAAAGCAUUUUAUUAUCAAUAUAAAAGCGUAGCAUUUUAUUUCAUUUCAGGUUCCAUGAUUCAUUGAACAAAAAAUGCUUCAAGGUGUAUGACUUAAUUGGAAAAAAGAAAAUAAUGAACAUACAUGCUUGUAUACGCACAUACAGAGAAAGUUUCAUACUGUAACUGACGAUGGGUUUUCUUCUCGACUGGCUUCAUUUUUGCUGUUCUUCCAGGAGAAAAUUCUAUUACCUGCAUAGGCGCUACAAGUUCCUGAAGAAAAUUGAGAAAGAAUUAAGCAGGUUUCGAGGAUGGUUACCUAGAAAGCCAAUGAGUCUGGACAAGGAAAGGCUGCCAGAUUUGGAAGAAAAUAACUGCUACACAGCUCCAUUUAGUCAACAAAGGAUUCAUCACUUUAUCAUUCACAAUAAGGACACAUUUUUUAACAAUGCUACAAGAAGUAGAAUUGUUCACCAUAUUUUACAAAGGGUGAAAUAUGAAGAAGGAAAAAAUAAAGUCGGUCUCAAUCGGUUGCUUACUAAUGGUUCCUAUGAAGCUGCAUUUCCUCUUCAUGAGGGUAGUUACAAAAGUAAAAAUUCCAUAAGAAGUCAUGGGGCAGAAAACCACAGGCAUCUGCUUUAUAAAUGUUGGGCCUCAUGGGGAGCUUGGUAUAAAUACCAACCUUUGGAUCUUAUACGACGGUAUUUUGGUGAGAAAAUUGGUUUAUAUUUUGCCUGGCUAGGCUGGUAUACAGGAAUGCUCUUUCCAGCAGCCUUCAUUGGACUAUUUGUCUUUUUAUAUGGAAUAGCCACACUGAACUACUGCCAAGUCAGUAAAGAAAUCUGCCAGGCUACAGAGAUUAUUAUGUGCCCAAUUUGUGAUAAAUACUGUCCCUUCAUGAGGUUGUCAGAUAGCUGUAUUUAUGCCAAGGUAACACAUCUUUUUGACAAUGGGGCAACUGUUUUUUUUGCUGUUUUCAUGGCAGUAUGGGCCACUGUUUUUUUGGAAUUUUGGAAAAGAAGACGAGCAGUAAUUGCUUAUGACUGGGACUUAAUUGACUGGGAAGAAGAGGAGGAAGAAAUACGCCCCCAGUUUGAAGCCAAGUACUCCAAGAAAGAGAGAAUGAAUCCUAUAUCCGGAAAACCAGAGCCUUAUCAAGCGUUUGCAGAUAAAUGCAGUAGAAUGAUUGUUUCUGCAUCUGGAAUAUUUUUUAUGAUACCACUGCAAGAUGAUUGCUUGCAUAAGAUCUGUGUGGUGAUCGCCGCUGUUUUUGGCAUUGUUAUUUAUCGUGUUGUGACUGUCAGCACUUUUGCUGCCUUUAAAUGGGCUUUAAUCAAGAAUAAUUCUCAGGUUGCAACAACUGGGACUGCAGUGUGCAUCAACUUUUGCAUCAUCAUGCUGCUGAAUGUUUUACAUGAAAAGGUUGCUCUUUUUCUGACAAAUUUAGAGCAGCCUCGUACUGAAUCUGAGUGGGAAAACAGCUUCACUUUGAAAAUGUUUCUUUUUCAGUUUGUUAAUCUGAACAGUUCUACCUUUUAUAUAGCAUUUUUCCUUGGAAGGUUUACAGGUCACCCUGGUGCCUACCUCAGACUGAUAAACAGAUGGAGACUAGAAGAAUGCCACCCUAGUGGAUGCCUUAUUGAUCUCUGUAUGCAGAUGGGUAUUAUAAUGGUGCUAAAGCAGACUUGGAACAACUUCAUGGAAUUAGGCUACCCGAUAAUUCAGAACUGGUGGACCAGACGAAAACUGCGGCAAGAGUAUGGUUCACAGCAAAAAACAACUUUACCACAAUGGGAAAAAGACUAUAACUUGCUGCCUUUAAAUUCCUAUGGACUCUUUGAUGAAUACCUCGAAAUGAUCCUUCAGUUUGGAUUCAUAACCAUAUUUGUAGCAGCUUUUCCACUUGCUCCAUUUCUGGCUUUACUGAACAAUAUCAUUGAAAUACGCCUGGAUGCCUAUAAAUUUGUCACUCAGUGGAGACGGCCAUUAGCUUCCAGAGCAAAAGACAUUGGAAUCUGGUAUGGAAUUCUUGAAGGCAUUGGAAUUCUUUCUGUCAUCACAAAUGCAUUUGUUAUUGCUGUGACUUCAGAUUUCAUCCCACGGCUUGUUUAUGCUUACAAAUAUGGACCAUGUGCAGGUCAAGGAGAGGCUGGACAAAAAUGUAUGGUUGGCUAUGUUAAUGCAAGUUUAUCACUAUUUCUGGUGUCCGAUUUUGAACAUCGUUCAGAACUAUUAUCAAAUGGAAGUGAGCUUUCUGGUGUAUCUUUAAAAUAUUGCAGAUACAGAGACUAUCGUGAUCCCCCUCAUUCUUCAGUGCCCUAUGGUUACACACUACAAUUCUGGCAUGUCUUAGCUGCACGGUUGGCAUUUAUUAUAGUUUUUGAGCACCUUGUGUUUUGCAUAAAACACUUGAUUUCCUAUUUAAUCCCAGAUCUUCCCAAAGAUCUAAGGGAUCGUAUGAGAAGAGAAAAAUAUCUGAUUCAGGAAAUGAUGUAUGAAGCUGAACUUGAGCGCCUUCAGAAGGAACAAAAGGAGAGGAAGAAAAAUGGAAAAUCUUACCACAAGGAAUGGCCAUAACUAAUGGAAACCCUGUCUUCAGGAAAGUGGAAAUGAUGCAACAUCAAUUCAUGGACAAUUUUAAAAGAACAAAUGAGGCAAAACAUUUCAAGGAGUUUAUUAUUUGAAAUAAUGAGGCAGCCUGCAUAUGAUUACUUUCGAAUCUUAAAAAAAAAGUCUUAAGACACAAACCAACAAAUAAACCUAAUGUAUACACCCUGGAUCAUUUUUCAGCCUGAUUGCUCUUUUCUGUGUUAUGUUUCAUCUGACAUUUUUUAGUUCGGAAAUAGAAAUAAAUAUAUAACAUUAUCACUGAUUAAUGUAAUAUAUAUUAGCAAAGCAUAUUAUAGUAGCAUUUUUACUGUUAUGUACAUUAGACAUACUGUUUGCAUAUGCAAUUUUUUUAAAAAAAUGCUAUAUAUAAUUCAUGAAUAUGUAUAUAUUGUUUAUUUGUAAAUAGCAAAAAAUAAAAACAAGAUCAAUUUUACACACUUAUAGAAUAUCAUU